AUGGCUCCCAAAGCUACCACUGCUAAGGCCACUGGCACCGUUAAGAAGGCCUCUGCUCCUGAGCACCCUCCUUACAAGGAAAUGAUCAAGGAGUCUAUCCGCGCUCUCAAAGAACGCAAUGGUUCCAGCCGUCCGGCGCUCAAGAAAUACAUCCAAGCGAACUACAAGGGUGUAGGGACCGACAGGUUCGAUCAGCUCUUCAACCAGGCCCUUAAGAAGGGUGCCGCCGACGGCGAAUUCACCUUCCCUAAAGGUCCUUCUGGAACCGUCAAGCUUCAGAAGAAGGAGCCCGCUACCAAGACCAAGGUUGCUACCGGCGAGAAGGCCACUGCUAAGAAGGCCACCACUGAGAAGGCCACCAAGAAGACCCCCACCACCAAGAAGGCUACUACCACCAAGAAGACUACCACCACUAAGCCCAAGGCCGAGAAAGUCGAGAAGACUGCUCCUACCCCCAAGGAGAAGAAGACCACUGCCACCGCGGCUAAGCCUAAGUCUAACGCCAAGAAGCCUCGCAAGACCGCUGAGAAGACUGAGAAAGUUGCCCCCGCUGUCGUCGAGAAGGCAACUGUCUUGACCAAGACCAAGUCUGGACGUGUGUCUAAGGGAUCUACUGCUCCCCCCAAGACUGCCCCCAAGAAGAAGGCCGCCGCUCCCAAGAAGAAGGCUACCCCCAAGAAGAAGGAGACCGCUGCCGCCCCCGCUGCCGAGGCUUAA